UUUUGAGUUUGACAAGAGGGUAAGUCUCGUUUAGUUAGCGCAGAAUAUUCGUGGCUUAGCUGGCGCCGUCGUCAAUCGCUCAAGCUUUAGCUGCGAUGGCGCCCGGGGAGUGGCAUUGCCCCAAUCGGCCGACGACGCAAUUGUAGCAUUGCCGCCAUGGUUGGAGCUGUGCCGCCACUGGAUCCUUCGCGUCGACUGGCGCCGUGGUUCCCCCGGUAGGGUAAUUGGAUGCUGUGGAACGGAUCAGGGCGCGCGGUCGGCGAAUUCCGCCUGGCCAAGGCCAGCAUUGUUGGCAUGAGCCGCUAGGUAGGUAGCGAGGGCGUAGGGAUUUAAGUAAUCUUUGUGGAUCUGUUCGCGGCACUGGUGGCAGCGUUCUAGGGAUUUCUCAUCCAGAUCUACACGGAAGAACAGAAGGAAUGGCGCAGCAAUCUGGGCCGUCGUCGUCGAGAGUGAAGCUCAUGAUUUUUUUGCUUGCUCUGGCCCUGGGUAUGUACAUUGUUGGCCCGCCAUUGUAUUGGCAGCUCCAGGAAGGCGCUGCUUCCAGCGUCCAGGUGGAGUGCCCGGUUUGUAGCUGCGAUUGCUUGACUAGCAACUUGGUGACUGCUGCCGUGUCAAACUUGGGGAACCUCUCGCUUCUCGAUUGCAGCAGAGACGAUCCGGAGAUGAGAGAAGAACUGGACAAGAACCGCCUCGAGCUGCUUAACGAGGACCUCAAGCUCCAGGAGAUGGUGGCCGAGGAUGAUCGGCGGCGAGCGGAGAUGGCCCUGGUCGAUGCGAAGAAGCUCUCGUCUCAGUACCAAAAGGAGGCCGAGAAGUGCAAUAUAGGCAUGGAAACGAGCGAGGAAGCCAGGGAGAAGGCCGAGGCAGCACUCGGAGAAAUGAGAAAAGUAGCUGCCCUGUGGGAGGAAAGAGCGCGGCGACUGGGAUGGAAGGACAGCGGCGAUGGCGAAGCGAAUCCCAUGAGACGGCGAGCGCUCAAGUUUCGAUAGAGGUACUAGAAUGCUCUUCACAACUUUUUGGGUCAUGUUUCUUCUUUCCAGAACGUUUUUGGUUUCAUCCAGUAAUCGACUGGCAUUUUUCUCUCACAAAGAGAUUUUUCCGAGAGCUUGCGACGAAAGAUGGACCCCAAUCAAUCGCGUCCUAAUAAUCCCAGAGCGUUCGGCACAA